AUGCCCUCCCAAACCCCCACACCCCCAGAAACGACCAUGCCCUCGGAAAUAACCUGGUCCGCCCCAGCAACAACCCCACCCCUCUCCGAAGACGAAAUCAAAGAUAUCCGACAGACACUGCGUUUACUCCACGAUCUCUUACACCGAACCACAACUCCCACUUCAAGAAACCACAUCAACGAAGAAGAAACUCUAAAAGACGACGACAACAAUAUCAACAACGACAUCCCCGCGAAAGAAGUCCUCGAUACAACCAACACCCUCGCGGCAGCAGGUAUCGGCGAGAAAGGCCCCCGCAAACGCGACAAAGCCAAACGCAUCCUGCAAACCCACGGGCCUCGCAUCGUGGGCGCUGCGACGGCGAUUGGGUUGGGGGUUUUGAAUCUCGUCACAUCGAUUACUUGA